AUGUCCCGCCUCCCCGUCAUGGACGCCGCCCGCACCGCCGCCCUAGCCUCCCGCUGGCGCCACCUGUGGCGCUCCACCCCGCUCCAGCUCAUCGACGCGGACCUCCCCGAGCCUGCGCGCGAUGCCGUGGUCCCCCGAGUCCUCGCCGACCACCCGGGCCCCUUCCGCGCCGUCCUCCUCACCGACUGCAGGCCCGCCGCCCUCGACCGUGAGCUCCGCGAGUGGCCGCGCCUCCUCGCCGCCAAGGGCACCCAGGAACUCGCCCUCAUGGACAAGCCUACCAAGGCCAAGCCCAACCCCGUGUCCCUUCCCGCCGACAUCCUCCGCUGCGCCUCGCUCGAGGGUUUCUUGCUGGAUUUCUGGACGUUACCCGUCGGACUCUCCCGCGGCGCCGAUACAAUUCUUCCACAUCUUCGGAAUCUUGGUAUGAUAAGGAUUGACAUGAGCGACGAGGGCCUCGACCACUUGCUGCCAGCCCCGUUCUGGAGACACUCGUUAUCCAUAGUCCCACGCACGUCCGUCUCCGUCUCCGCAGCCAAAGCCAACUGUGCCUGAUGCUUUGGCUUUCGGAGGAAUCCGCCAUGGUGGACACCCCGC